AUGGCAAGGUUCGCGAUCAAAGCCCUCGUCGUCACAGCGCUGGUGUGCCUCGUUUUUGACUGUAGCCGCGCGGCGGAAACACAACAACAGAUGAUGGAUAGUCUGCAGGAGGCGGCUAAGGGCAAGAUGAACGAGUUCAUGAAUUCGUUCAAGCAAUCCGGGUCGGAAACACAACAACCGGGGCUGGGUAGUCUGCAGGAGGCGGCUAAGGGCAAGUUGAACGAGUUCAUGAAUUCGUUCAAGCCGUCCGCGGCGGUGACACAACAACCGGGGCUGGGUAGUCUGCAGGAGGCGGCUAAGGGCAAGGUGAACGAGUUCAUGAAUUCGUUCAAGCAAACCGCGUCGGAAACGUUCAACAAAGUGCAAGGAGCGGUCACAGAGCCGGAAAACACCAAAAAGGUCGAGUCGCAGCUGAGCAAUUUCUUCAGCGGGGCGUUCAGUAAGCUCAAGAACACGUUCAGCUCGACCAAGACCAACCCGGACGAUCAGUAUAAACAGGAAGCCAUCAAAGCGUUUGACGAUUACGCGGUGAAACACCCGAAAUGA